AUGUCCUCCUCCUCCCCCCACCAAGGCGGCACCCUCUCCGAAAUGGCCCCCAGGGGUACGACCAUCCCCAACGACGCCGGCAAACAAAACACCAUUCCCUCCGUGCCGCGCCCCGAGCAGCGGUCAGAGAAUCGGCUCUUCGAUAACCAGGGCCUGGGUCAGCCGUCUUCGGCCUUCGCUGCCGAUAACGAUGCCACUAUGCCCCGUGGGCCGAGGGACCCUGGCAUGUCGGGUGAGGUGGUCACUGGGACGGGCAAUACGUUGCCCGCGGAGGGAGAGUCGAAGUGGAAUCAGAUUGGCACGGAUCGGCCUGGUGUCCGGGGGGAUACGAGGAAUUUGAAGCAUGGGAAGGCUAAGGGGAGUGAGUUGGAUGAGUGA